UAUGCGGAUCCAGUAUGUGAUCGGAUCGAUCCUAACGGACACCUCAAACAUCGGCUAUUCCGCGAGGCUUGCAUCUGUUUCAAGAACAAUUAUAUCAAACACCUCGAGGUCUUAGGUAGGGAUAUCGACCAGAUUUGCAUUAUCGACAACUCUCCAGUCUCUUUCUACUUUCAUCGUCAAAAUGCC